GCCUUAACUACAGGCAGUUUAUAUUCAUUCAGCUAACUCUAGUGGGAAAAUAGAUAGAAGGAAAUUUCAAGAUUUGUUCUCUAGCGGGUCCCAAAGUUUUCGGUACAGGUAGAGGGGAGAGACCUGGCAUCCUGCAUUACUGAUGGAGAGCUAGCCAUAGGUGUGGAUGUCCUGAAGUUUGGGAUUAACAUGGCAUCUGCGGACAGUGAGGUGAAAACUUUAUUGAAUUUUGUCAACUUGGCUUCGAGUGAUAUCAAGGCGGCGUUGGACAAAUCGGCUCCUUGCAGGCGUUCGGUCGACCACAGGAAAUAUUUACAGAAACAGCUGAAGCGUUUUUCGCAGAAAUACUCGCGGAUUCCGCGUUGUCACCCCAGCCGGCUGCUUGACGCCAGUUCGAAGGGAGGAACAGACGACAAGAACCGAGCUUAUAUUCUGCAGCAUGCGGACCCUCACCUACACUUCAAACCUCCCGCUGACCAGGACUGUGGCGAAACUUUGCCGGGGACUAUCACAGCGGCUGGGAAACAGCUGGGCAGACAAAACCAGGUGCCCAUGAGGAAACGACAGCUCCCUGCGUCCUUCUGGGAGGAACCGAGGCCACCCAAAACCCUUCAGCCCUUGAACCUGCUUCACGUGGACCAAGUGGUGGCAGCGGCCGAAGAUUCGCCGGGCCAGGGAUCUGAAAGCAAGCGAAUCCAGGGAUGUUCCAACCCACCCAAACAAUCCUCAGCACUCCCGACGAUACAACAGGACUGCGAGAGAGAGCCGGUGAAAUUCCACUUCACCUCCCUGUCACGCACAAUGAAUGUGUGCAGUUGCUGUCCAUUUCAGUACCAUGGUCACCGGGUAUACCAGAGCCACCUGGGAUUGCCUCCCUCUGGCUUCCCCGACAUUGGUGUAUGGAGGAAAGGGAGCAACCCACCAGCCGAGAUCCAGGCUUACUCCAAAGACUCUUUAAGCGGACAAAAAAUUCACAAACCUGUCGUUUUGAAGCCCAUUCCCACGAAGCCUACUGUCCCACCUCCCUUGUACAACGUGUAUGGGUUUCUUUGAUUACCUGUAGUUGGGGUGAAUUCUCAGACUUCCAGCAGAGACACUUUGUGACGCUGGCAGUGCAUGAACGUUCACAACUGAUGUCCAGUUCACCUAAUCAUUAAGCAAGUAGUUUUGGGGAUAAUGGAUGUGUGGGUGAACGUGUACCUGGUUGUGUGUGUGCGUGUAUAUAUAUAUCUAAGUGCGUGUCUUUCUAUGUAUUUUUGUGUGUAUGAGUUUCUGCUCGCUGAUGUGUGUGUGUGAAUUCAUGUUUAGAUCUUCAUGUUGUGGCCUUUCCAGAAUAAUUCUAACCAUGCAGCUCAGCUUAUUUUAAACGUAGACCCAGUUCCCACAGGCACUGUUGCAAUCCCUCUCUGGUGAGCACUGACCAGCUCUGUCCGUAAAUGACACAACAGGUCGAAGCGAACAGAGGCCGAGUUAAAAUACCCCAAAUCAAACUCAAGGGCAGGCAGGCCGGCAUAUGCACAAUGGAAGAGCGGCUCGCCGCACACUUAUUGGCAACUGCGAAGAAAAACGUAGAUCAGGAAGUGAAUUCCAUCCGGUGCAAACGUUAUACUACUUUAAGUGAAUUUUUUCUGGCUAAUUUUAAAUGAUGUCCAACAGUAUGAAUUCCAGGUUAAAGAAAUGAUUUCGCUCGCGUGUUUUUACACCUGAUCAAUGGAACAGAAGAUAUUUUUAUUUUCAAUAAAACAGGGGCGGCUCUUCCCACUCUAUA